AUGAGUGGAACUGUGUUUGGUUUGUCGUUACCAGCUGAAACUUCCUCUGCAAUUCCGGUGUGCAGGAGGUUUUGGAAUACUUGUGCAGCUUUGCCUACUAAUAUAUUUGGCCUUGCAGUUGGUCUUUCUUACUUUCUCGUAUUAAUUCAAUUUUGUAAGAUUAACCUUGUCCCAUCUAUGUUGCAGCGUGUAAAGGUCUAUCGUCUUAAUGACGAUGGAAAAUGGGAUGAUCAAGGAACAGGGCAUGUAACUGUGGAUUAUAUAGAGAGAUCGGAAGAACUAGGAUUGCUUGUACUUGAUGAAGAUGAUAACGAGACUUUGCUUCUGCACCGUAUUAGUGCAGAGGAUAUCUAUCGGAAGCAAGAAGAUACAAUUAUUUCUUGGAGGGAUCCAGAGUAUUCAACUGAACUAGCUCUUAGCUUUCAAGAGACGACUGGUUGCUCCUAUAUAUGGGACCAUAUAUGUACUGUGCAAAGGAAUAUGCACUUCAGUAGUCUUAACAAUGAGACAUUUCAUAGUGUCAACAGUGACCUGAGGGAGUUGCCUCCGGUUGAGCUUUCUACGCUUUGCCAGAUACUUGAGACAGUUGUGGAGAGUGGCAUUGCUGAUCAGUUGCGUGUUACAGAACUAAUAUUGCAUGAUGUGAGAUUCAUGAAUCUNCAUGAUGUGUGUUUAGUCUUUCGUACUGCCAGGGCUCCUUCCUCAACCACUCUUCACCCCCCUGAUUUUUCCCACUUUAGCCCUCUUCCACGUCAAGCUGUAUUCAAUCUGGGCCCUGGUAGCUUAACAGGGGCCCAUGACUCCUUUGGAAUCUGCACAGAAUUUUCCGUCGCCGGCGUAAUCUCUAGUGACCCCUCAGUUUCCCUCCCUGCCUCUUUCAUCCUUAUACCAGUCUUGGAAUAG